AUGAUUGCAUCAGAUGAACGAACAAAGAGAAUCGGAUGGAGAUAUUUGUUAUUUGUUAUUGUCAGUGCGUUUGGAAUUUUUUCUUACGUCAUAAUCUUUGAUCGGACAAAGUUUCAUGAACUGCUAUGCACAAUAAAUGGUCAGCUGGUUUCUAAUCAGUUCGAAACGCAGAAGAUAGUAUGGAGGAACAAAACAUUACUUCUAUUAGGACGAUUUGCAAACCGGUGCAAAAGCACUGAGAUAGUAAUUAACAAAAAGGUAUUAGAAGACGCUGAGGCGUUUAAACAGAGACAGUCGAAGGAGAACAGUAUUCCUCAACGCGACGUUGUCAAGGUCAACUGCAGCGGGUUGAUAACCGGAAGUAAUGCUACUUUGCAGGAAGUGAAACAACUAAUGCAGAAUGUCAAGCGACCGACUAUCCCCGAUUCUUACUUCAUAACUGAAACCAAAGAUUGUCACAUGUAUCGUCUGAAAAGAGGCUACUUUCUUGAUAAUAUGACGUCAGAAGAGGAAAACUUUCCCAUAGCUUUCAGCAUUCUCAUGUUUAAACAUGUAAGUCAAGUUGAACGUCUUCUGCGCGCCAUUUAUCGUCCACAAAAUUAUUACUGUAUUCACCUGGAUAAAAAAGUUUCAAGUAAUAUAUCUGCUGCUGUUCACGGCAUUGCAAACUGUUUUAGUAAUGUGUUUCUGACGUCACGAUCAGUAGAUGUUAGGUGGGGAACAUUCACCGUUUUGGAACCGGAACUAAUCUGUAUGCAGGAACUGUGGAAGUACCGGAAGUGGAAGUAUUUCAUUAAUCUGACUGGACAAGAGUUCCCACUGAAGACGAAUUUGGACAUGGUGAGAAUACUAAAGGCUUACAAUGAUGCCAAUGACAUUGGGGCGACAAUAAAAAGGUGA